AUGAAGUCAGAUAUUAGGACGCAGCUAAACGGCGUACUCCGUGUGAGAUUGUCGCACCGAGCGAGUGCUCACAUUUUGCUGACCAGUCGCAACUCACGUAUUUUGCAAAUUGUUCUGCAUUUUCCAGUUCCCGGACCCACAAACAACAUCCAGGUAGACACUGUCAAGAACGCACCACAAGUGACGGCCAGUUGGUCGUAUGAAGGCGCCUGUGACGUCGUCGACUUCAGCGUGAAUGUGUACGAUGAGAACGGAAGUUCUUUGACGUCCCUGCAAACCGCAACUAGGAGUGUCGAAAUCCCUGAACUGCCACAGUGUGUGACCCUGACUGUUGGUGUACAGGGUCGCAACGCAAUAGGAUUGGGACCAGAAACAAAGGGUUCCGAAUUCUCCAUACUUGCAGCUCCUGGACUCAUACAAAACAUCCAGGUGGACACCCUGGAAAAUGCUCCACAAGUGACUGCAAAAUGGUCGUAUGAAGGAGCCUGUGACGUCAUCGAUUUCAACGUGAAUGUGUACGAUGUGAACGGAAAUUCUUUAAAGUCCAUGCAGACCACAACCAAUAUCAUCGAAAUCUCUGAAAUGUCUCAGUGUGUGGACUUGAUUGUUGGUGUACAGGGACGCAAUGCACAUGGAUUUGGACCAGAAUCAAAGGGUUCCAGAUUCUUCAUACUUGCAGCACUAAUUAACGUACUUUGCAAAACUCUCGCGCAAUUUCUAGCUCCAGGACUCAUACAAAACAUCCAGGUGGACACCCUGGAAAAUGCUCCACAAGUGACUGCAAAAUGGUCGUAUGAAGGAGCCUGUGACGUCAUCGAUUUCAACGUGAAUGUGUACGAUGUGAACGGAAAUUCUUUAAAGUCCAUGCAGACCACAACCAAUAUCAUCGAAAUCUCUGAAAUGUCUCAGUGUGUGGACUUGAUUGUUGGUGUGCAGGGACGCAAUGCAUAUGGAUUUGGACCAGAAUCAAAGGGUUCCAGAUUCUUCAUACUUGCAGCACCGGGAGCACCCGACUGGAUCGAUGUGACAUUGGAAUCGGGUGUGACGGUUUUAUGGGGUCAAAACAGUUCAUGCCUUGUGGACCGCUUUGGUAUAACGGUGUACAAUUCGACCGCGGCGAUUUAUACCAUCACUGUGGAUGGGAACGAAUUUGAAGUGCGUCUUUCGAAACUUCCAAAGAACAUGUCACUGCUCAUUGGUGUUCGUGGACACAACUCAUUCGGCCAGGGUCCCGAAAUGAACAGUACCGUUUUCAUCAUACCAAAAGAUCCAACGGCUCCGAUUCACCUGCCCGUGUCCUUACCUAAAAUCAUUUCACAAGAGUCUGCCGUGGUGACCACACUUGUCCCAAAAACAGCCACAAGCAAACAACGUGGUAUGAAUGAAGACCGCUCCCUUGCUCAGAAUCAAGCGCCGGAGUUUCUCAGUGACAUGCCGGAGGAGAUCAGUUCUUGCGAUUCGGUGGCAACUGGUGAUUGCAUACAGUCCGAAUAUCAGUCUGAUCAGCAGGUGGUCAGUCAGGUAGACCACACCAUUUCAGGUAGGGCAGAUCCAGAAAAGAUAUCUAAUUACGACCGCAGUUUGUAUUAUUACAUGAAAUAG